CUUUAAUUUCUCCUCUUCCCCGUUCUCCGUCCCCUAAUGGACGCCAACCACACCAGCGGUUACAAACUAUCCCUUCAGCCCACUGUCCCUCAUGAACAUGACCCUUCAGAACAUACGGCACGGCCAGGGAACGCCCAGCGACAUGCGAUGUGGUUGCUCGACAACCACGCCGAGAGCAACGACGAUAACGAACAAACGAGCACCAACGACUACACGACUUCGACGCCAGGGCUGAGCAGAGGUCUCUCAAGGCCACUCAACCAGCAGGAGCAAGAUCGCCUUGCUCAUCUCGACAGACUCAAGUUCUUUCUUGCGACGGCCCCGAGCGGGUGGGAGAAGAGCAGCAAUGCAGCUGGAUCUUCAGCAUCAUCAUACUUACCCGACCCAGCAAACCCGGCACUGAACCGAUUCCUUCUUCCGAGUCAGGAAUUCGUGACUUGUGUACUGUGGAAUGGCCUUUACCACAUAACGGGCACGGACAUCGUCAGAGCACUGGUGUUCAGAUUUGAGGCCUUUGGUCGCCCAGUACGAAAUUUGAAGAAAUUUGAGGAGGGCGUCUUCAGUGAUCUCCGGAAUCUCAAGCCUGGUGUGGACGCUUGUCUGGAGGAACCAAAGUCGCCCUUCCUUGAUCUUCUCUUCAAGUAUCAAUGCAUUCGCACGCAAAAGAAGCAAAAAGUCUUCUACUGGUUCUCUGUCCCGCAUGACCGGUUAUUCCUUGAUGCCCUCGAGCGCGACCUAAAACGAGAAAAAAUGGGCAUGGAAUCUACCACUACUAUAACAGGGGAACCUGCCAUGAGCUUUGUAUAUGACAAGAAGCGCAGCCUUUACGAGCAAUUCACUGGCUCCAAAAAUGCAGGAUCAGGCGGCCGGAAUGCUUCUACCACCAGUAGGUCUAGUCGAAGUGUAAGCGGCUCUCUAACGCGAGGAAUGGGAGGUGUAUCGAUGCGAGAUGGUGAAGGCGAGCUUGAAUGGAACGUCAGACGGCUGGAGGAAGAGGGUGUCCUUGGUUCUGGUGCAGCUGCCGUCAGUGGAUCCGAAGAGAGCGACUUCGACGGUGAGGAGGGACCUUCAUCGUCUAGUCGCGCCUCGCAAUCACCGUUCUUCUCGAUGUUCUCUCUAUUCGAGGGCAGUCCCACUUACAAACAACGGCGGAAGAAGGGUAACCAUGGUCCCUCUGCACUGGGGCUGGAAACAGAGAGAGGCCGUACUGGGUAUCCAACCGAGUUAGGCCAUGAUGAUCCGAUGUCUGGUGGUGUUCACGUCAAGCGCGAGUCCGUCAGCGCCGCCGACAUGUUCAUAAAGCAAGCUCGGGGGGAACUAGGAACGACUGCAGCACCUUCGGUAUCUUCAUUGCCGAAAGUCGACAUACGGGAUGUUGGCGUCUACGUCGAGGGUCGGUUAGUCAGCGGAGGAGGUGUUGGUGCCGGGAUGAAUAUUACCACGCCGCCUAUGUCAACCAGUUCGGGGUCUACAUCGUACCCGGCAUCGUCUUACGAUGCUUUUGGGACCUUCCAAACUUCUCCGAACGUCGAGAUGACCGACUCCACAGCAACCACCUCCGGCCCAAAGACCAAGGUGUUCGUCUGUCCGCUAUUGAGCUGUGGAAGAAUGUUCAAGCGAAUGGAACAUCUGAAGCGGCAUUUGCGGACGCAUACAAUGGAGAGGCCGUUUGUUUGCGACAAGUGCGGGAAGAGGUUUAGUCGAAGCGAUAACCUCGGGCAACACCUAAGAGUCCACGGUCGUGCUGACGGGUCUGGAUCCCAGGGCGACGGGCAGUGGAAUGUCUCUACUUCCGGCCCAUCGGGUGGUAGCGGUGAUUGGUCGAAUCAGGGCGGAGAAUGGGUUGAAUGGAUACAUAGUGAUGGGGAAGAAAGCGGGCCGGAGGAGGAGUUCGGCUCGCGCCAGGGAGGAAUUGGCGUUGGCUUGGGGAUGUACGGCCCUCUCGGCAUGGGUAUGGGCAUGGGCACAAGUGGGGCGGACGGCGAUUGGGCAGCAGCGGCUGGCAACCCACCAAGCGGCGAUAUGACCAACUACGGGCUGAAUGUGGAAAUGUGCGAGAUGGAGGUUUCGGGUGACGUGAGGGAAGUUCAGGGGGACGAAGAGGGACUGGUUGUUGGACCCGAUACCAUUUACGACUAUCAAGGCAGUCGACCGUACCCGCAGCAACAGGCGCAAGCAGGAACAGCUGGGGAGUAUUAUGCAUCUGGAUAUGUGUCAUCAGGUUCAGGCGGCCCUUCAACGGGAGAACCUUGGGCACCUGCAAGUGCACCCAUCGAUGUCUAUGGCCGACCACCAUCGAUUUCGUCAUCUGGAAGCGGAAGUGUUUAUGGGGACGACGGACCGUAUGUCAGCAUGAGUGCACCGUCGCACAAGCAAGCCUUCGACCAGUCGGCAUUAUACCCUCCAGGUGUUAUGGAUAGCAGCACAGGUGCCGUACGGCGACACAGAAGUAUGACACCCUCGAUAAUGAGGAAUGGGAGUGGCGAUAGCACGGGGCCUGUUCGACGCCCUGGAACGGCUUCCGGCGAGUCUCCUGCUCCUCGAGGAUAUCAUCCAUACGCGCACACAGGGUACUCUUCAGCACAGUCCAGCCCUUCUGUGUAUCCUGUCGGCUUACCGGGCAGCAGCGGGUUGACGCGACGCAGUUCCAGUCGGGCUUCGUCAGGCUACGGUGUUGAAGAGCAGAUGCGGCAGAUGAUGCGUUCGGAUUCGACGGGGUCUUCAUCACGGCCUGGCUCAUCGUUGUCUCUGCAUCACGGGUCCGCGUAUGGGGCCGACAUAUAUCGGACAGAGUCGCCAGCGCAGUUUGGCGGGGGCAUAACCGAUAGUCCUGCUGCAUAUGUGACAGACUUACCGCAAACGACGUACCAGCCUACACAUGCGGCGACAGUUCCGGCGCCAUUUGACAAGCAUGGGAUGUUUAUGGUGGACCAGCAACAGCAGUACACGACGCAGGAGGGAUAUCAGUAUGCGCAUCCGCAACAUGUGAGUACGAUGUAGAGCAGUAGCUCGACAUCGCGACUGGGAAUUAUGAUUUUCUUUAAUACUACCCUAGAUCUACUAAUGAGACGUUUAUAUCCUUAUAUCAUCGUAAUACCUACGUGCCUUAUCUCUGCUUGUGUAUUGCUUAUUUUUGCUUCGGGAUAUUUAUUACAGUCUAUCUAUUAUUCUGCCUAGUGAUCUCCCUUGGAUUUCCACUCAUGUUAUAUAUUAUUAUUAUCUGCACAUAGGUAUAUGUGUCUGUAGCAAAGCAAUGAACAAAUCUGUC